GGGAGCCAGGGCCCAUCCAUACCCCCCAGCACCCAGCUUGCGCCUUGGUCCCACUCGCACCCUUCCCCCUGUCCCGCAGGGCGCAUUGGUUCUUUGUAUGACCCGGCCAACUACGCUCCAAGUCGUUGUAUCCUCUUCCCGCACCCAUCCCAUUGGAAGCGAAACAGGCACACCCUCCCUCCCUCCGCGGAGCCAGGCCCAGACAGACCAAGAGAGCCUGGCAGCUGGCAGACCCAAGCAACAAGAACCUGGGAAAAUCAAAAGAGGAAAUCCCCAAGACUACCCGCCUGCUCAAGGAAAAAAAGAAAAGAAAAAUAAAAAAGAAAUCGCUCCUCCUCCGCGCCAUCAUCACCCCCCAACACCACAAGGGCGCUGCGGCUGCGCUAUACAAGCGGCGGCGACGGCGGUCCUGCCAUCAGAGGCACCAGACUACCAGCUCCUUUUUUUUUUCUUUUUUUUCUUUCUUUUUUUAUCAGGUACCGGCCGGACAAGACAACUGCGCGCUUGUGGCCUCCACUGGCAAAUGUGGGCAUAUAACUUAGCAAGCGCCUCCCGGCCCGCCAUCAAAAGAUCUACGCUUUUGAAAAGGCUCCAACCUCGGAGCAGCCACUACCAAGCACCGGCACCACUCAGAGAACCCCAAGCGUGACGCCUUGGAAGGCGUGUGCCGGCGGCAUACCAAACCUUGGACCAGGGGCGCACUUUGAGCCGGAUACUUCAAGCCCCAAAUCCGGGGGCCUCAAACCCUGACAACCCUCACACGAACUCUACCACACCCUCCCGCAAGGCUCGGCAGAGCCUUCCCUGGCUUUCUCCGUCACCAGCAACACUAUCUCUAGAGCAGUAGAAACAUAAGAGGCGCUGAGCCUCCCCGAGCCUGCCAUUCGCGACUUCCUCUGGACUUUGGAUACCAACUCGAACCGAGGCUUUUGUUUGGCGACCACUACCACAGCCCGACCUUUGGCGCCCGUCACUUCUCACCACACACACACACACACACACACACACACCAUCAUCCGCCAGGCACCGAGCGCCUCCAGAACGCCUCUCGGGCAACGCCCACACGCACCUACUUUCUGCUCUAGAGAGGGUUGGUCUUGUUCCAUCCCUCUCCUCCCCACGAUCGACGACGGCGCCCCCAGAGGUUCCCGAGGCUUCCAGCCAACGCCCUCCAUUCCAUCCAGCCGUUCUCGUCAGGGGCGCCUCCAACGACCUCUCGCCCACCCUGCCUCGCCCGGGUGCCGACGCCGGAGCCACAGGCCAGGCUCCUGGCUGCGAUCCUUCGGGGGACCACGACACCGCCAACGGCAGCAGGCCACGGGUUCCUUGCUCGCCAGCUCAGAACUCCAUGGUCGGCGGAUUUUCUGGUCACAAUAUGGAUACCCCUCCGGGCUUCACAACUAGGAGACCUGGAUCCACGUCGGGGUUGCCUCCCUUGAACAAUCUGUCCUCGACGCGUUCGCCCGAGGUUCCAAGUACGCAAAACCAUUCCUCUGCUAAUGCCUCUACUACUCCUAUCGUUUCUUCUCCUGCCUCCCACCACCAGUCCCCCGCAACGGGCUACAUGGAUCCUCAAGCGCCCUUCCCGCCAGCCGAACGGCCAGGCGCCCUGGGUGCUGCCAUCGGACGCUCCGUCUCCUAUGGUAGUCAUCCUACGGGCCCAGCGUCUGGGCUUCAAGCCCCCCAACAUUUGCCACCCGUCUCCAGUGUUCUGACGCCCGCAAAAGGGGUAGCUAGCGAGGCGCUGAACCCACUCUCCUCAGGAAUCAACUCUGCCAGCUCGCAAAGCUCCCAGUCGACUUCUCACACAGCCGCGCCGCCGUUUUACCAGCAAGCUGGCUCGUGGCCAACUCCCGGCAGCGGCUCUGGCUACACCCUGAGCUCGAUAGCGAGCCAGAACCAGAGCCACAGCCAGAACCAGAACCACAGCCAGAACCAGAACCACAGCCAGAGCCAGACGCUGAUGCAGCCGUCGUCGUCACCUUAUCAUAGCGGCGGCUCGAGGAGUCAGAACUACUCGCCCAGUGUGCCAUACGGCAAUUUCAGAACCUCGCAGCACUCGACCGGUGCCGAUAGCGUGCCCGUACCAUCAUACUCCCAGGACCAGCUUCCUCCCUUCCCUUCCUCUCUAGGCGGCGGAGGGGGUAGCAGCCUAUCAGGAAACCCGCCGACGCUGCCUUCACAGCAGCAAAAUUCCAUCAUGGGCUCCCACACCUCGGUUUCGCAAACCCUGCCGCCCCCCAACUCCUCGAGCGAUAGGUAUCAACAAUCCCCCUACUCGUAUCCGCAAACCUCGGGCCCGCCGGCACCGUCCUUUCCGUCCUUCGCCUCGCAUUCCUUGUCCUCGCACCCUCCGCCGACAACUUCGGCUGCCAUCUCGCGUGGCAUGACUUCUAUGGGACCCUCUGGGGGUAUGAUGCAUCCACACAUGAACUACGCCGGCCCACCCCGGGCCCAAGGGCCGCAUCACCCUUACUCGCAGUACGGCAUGGGCUCCGUCAUGUCGAAUAUCAGCACCCCCGGCCAGCCAAUGUCGAUGAUGCCAACUGGUGGAAUGUACCAAAUGCCCCAUCAUAAUCCGCACCCCAUGUACCAACAGCACACGGACCCGACCGCGUCGAGACACCAAGACCGGCCGUUUAGAUGCGACCAGUGCAACCAGUCUUUCAACAGGAACCACGACCUCAAGAGACACAAGAGGAUACAUCUUGCCGUCAAGCCGUUCCCGUGCAACUAUUGUGACAAGAGCUUUUCCCGUAAAGACGCCCUCAAGCGACACCGCCUAGUCAAGGGAUGCGGCAAGACGGCCGAGGAUGGCUCGACCACGCAAGUGGGCGGCGAGAGCGUGGAGCCAAGGUCAGACAGUGACGGAACGGUACCUUCACCACCACCACCACCACCGCCGCCACCACAGGGACAGGUGGAGUGAACGAGACAUGUCGACGAGGCCCCCGCCCCGGGGAAUCAUGGUUAGCGAAACGUUCAAGGGUUUAGCGGGUUGCUUGCUUCUCUUUGUAUUUGCCUUUGGAGGUUCUGUUAUGCUGAAUACCUUUUUCCCUUGUCUUUUUCCCCGUGGAUGCUAUCUAUCCCUUUGGGUGUUUUUAACGUGCCAGCCGUUGAUUGUUUGUAAGGAAUAAGAGUUGGGACAGGACCGGGAACAGGAAUGGGAAUGGGAAAGGAAAAAAGGAACAGGGAUAGGAAUAAUAAUAACAAUAGCGACGGCACCAAGAACAACAUCAGCC